AUGAGGGGCGAUCGGGCCCGCCAGGGCGGAGGGGACCCCAAGGACUUCGGCGCGGGACUUAAGUACAGCUCGAGGCAGGAGGGCAUGAAUGGCUUCGAGGAAGGUGUGGAGUUCUUGCCAGUCAAUAAUACCAAGAAGGUGGAGAAGCGUGGCCCGAAGCGCUGGGUGGUGCUGGUGGCUGUGCUGACCGGUAUCCUAUUGGUGUCACUCGCGGUCGGCUUCCUAGUGUGGCACUUCCAGUACCAGAACAUGCGGGUCCAAAAGAUCUUCAAUGGCUACCUGAGGAUCACAAAUGAGAACUUUCUGGAUGCCUAUGAGGAUUCCAACUCCACUGAGUUUAUAAGCCUGGCCAACAAGGUGAAGGAAGCGCUGAAGCUGCUGUACAGCGGGGUCCCCACCCUGGGUCCCUACCACAAGGAGUCUGCUGUGACUGCCUUCAGCGAGGGCAGCGUCAUUGCCUACUAUUGGUCAGAGUUCAGCCUCCCGCAGCACCUGGUGGAGGAGGCUGAACGUGCCAUGGCAGAGGAACGCGUGGUCACGCUGCCACCACGUGCGCGGGCCCUGCACUCCUUCGUGCUGACCUCGGUGGUGGCCUUCCCCACUGACCCCAGAACGGUACAGAGGACUCAGGACAACAGCUGCAGCUUUGCACUGCAUGCCCGUGGUAGGGAGCUGACUCGCUUCACUACACCUGGCUUCCCUGACAGCCCCUACCCAGCUCGCGCUCGCUGCCAGUGGGCUCUGCGGGGGGAUGCAGACUCAGUGCUGAGCCUCACCUUCCGCAGCUUUGACGUUGCAUCCUGUGAUGAACGUGGCAGUGACCUGGUGACGGUGUAUGAUACCUUGAGCCCCAUGGAGCCCCAUGCCCUAGUGCAGCUGUGUGGCACUUACCCUCCCUCCUACAACCUGACCUUCCUCUCCUCCCAGAACGUCUUCCUCAUCACGCUGAUAACCAACACUGAGCGGCGACAUCCCGGCUUUGAGGCCACCUUCUUCCAGCUGCCUAAGAUGAGCAGCUGUGGAGGCAACUUACAGGGAGCCCAGGGGACAUUUAGCAGUCCCUACUACCCGGGCCACUACCCACCCAACAUUGACUGCAUGUGGCACAUCCAGGUGCCCAACAAUCAGAAUGUGAAGGUGCUCUUCAAACUCUUCUACCUGCUGGAGCCCAACGUGCCCCUGGGCAGCUGCCCCAAGGACUACGUGGAGGUCAACGGGGAGCGGUACUGUGGAGAGAGGUCCCAGUUUGUCGUUAGCAGCAACAACAACAGGAUCACAGUUCGUUUCCAUUCGGAUCAGUCCUACACUGACACGGGCUUCCUAGCUGAAUAUCUCUCCUAUGAUUCCAGCGACCCAUGUCCUGGGAAGUUCACAUGCAAAACUGGGCGAUGUAUCCGGCAUGAGCUGCGUUGUGAUGGCUGGGCUGACUGCACCGACUACAGUGAUGAGCUCAACUGCAGAUGCAAUGCCUCCCAUCAGUUCACAUGCAAGAAUAAGUUCUGCAAACCUCUCUUCUGGGUGUGCGACAGCGUGAACGACUGCGGAGACAACAGCGACGAGCUGGGGUGCAGUUGUCCGGCCCAGACCUUCAAGUGUUCCAAUGGGAAGUGCCUCCCGAAGAGCCAGCAGUGUGACGGAAAGGACAACUGUGGGGAUGGGUCCGAUGAGGCUUCCUGCAACAGUGUGAGCACCGUCACUUGCACCAAACACACCUAUCGCUGCCACAAUGGGCUCUGCUUGAGCAAGGGCAACCCUGAGUGUGAUGGGAAGAAGGACUGUAGUGAUGGCUCGGAUGAGAAAAACUGCGACUGUGGGCUGCGGCCGUUCACCAGACAGGCCCGUGUUGUUGGGGGCACGGAUGCAGAGGAGGGCGAGUGGCCCUGGCAGGUGAGCCUGCAUGUGCAGGGCCAGGGCCAUGUCUGCGGAGCCUCACUGAUCUCCCCCACCUGGCUGGUCUCCGCGGCGCACUGCUAUGUCGACGACAGGGGAUUCAGUUACUCGGACCCCAGGAAGUGGACAGCCUUCCUGGGCCUGCACGACCAGAGCCAGCGCAGCGCCCCUGGCGUGCAGGAGCGCCGGCUCAAGCGCAUCGUCUCUCACUCUUCCUUCAACGACUUCACCUUCGACUAUGACAUCGCGCUGCUGGAGCUGGAACAGCCAGCCGAGUACAGCUCCGUGGUGCGGCCUGUCUGUCUGCCUGAUGCCUCCCAUGUCUUCCCCGUCGGCAAGGCCAUCUGGGUCACAGGCUGGGGGCACACCCAAUAUGGAGGCUCCGGGGCACUGAUCCUGCAGAAGGGUGAGAUCCGCAUCAUCAACCAGACAACCUGCGAGGGCCUGCUGCCGGAGCAGAUCACCCCACGCAUGAUGUGCGUGGGUUUCCUCAGCGGGGGCGUGGACGCCUGCCAGGGUGACUCUGGCGGCCCCCUCUCCAGCGUGGAGGCAGAUGGACGGAUCUUCCAGGCUGGUGUGGUGAGCUGGGGAGAAGGCUGCGCUCAGAGGAACAAGCCAGGCGUGUACACGAGGCUCCCCCUGUUUCGGGACUGGAUCAAAGAGCAGACUGGCGUGUAGGGGCAGGGGCUGUCCGCCGGCCACCCCAACAUGCACACUGGCAGGCUGAGGACUGGGCCACUGACUGCA